AUGGCUAUCAUGCAUUCAGGAGUCAGAGAUCGUGUCUUCAAUGGCAGGAAGCAAACAGGCAAGCUGCAUAUCGCCCAAGCUAAUCCAAACACUACCACGCCCGCCGUCCCACGUCCCGCGGUGAAGACCUGUGCUGUGUGCUACAAGGACCAGCCCCCCAAUGUCUUCCCUGACAUCAACCAUUCUGGACAGCACAACCAUGAACCAAACACCUGCCGCAAAUGUUUCAACCGCUACAUUGUCGGUCAAAUCGGCUCGGGUCAAGAUCGCAUCAAGUGCGCCGAGUGCCAGGAACAUUUGAGCUAUGAGAUCGUCAGGCAGAUUGUUUCUAAGACGUCUCUGGGCAUGUACGACAAGGUCCUGCUGAAGCGUUGCGUUGAAGAGGACGACGACUUCCACUACUGUAUGUCGGCCAAGUGCAAGUCGGGACAAAUCCAUAUCGGUGGACUUGAUUCUCCCCUCUUCAACUGUAAGGUGUGCAAGCGUAAGCAUUGUGUGGACUGCAAGGUUCCCUUGCACGAGGGCGAGUCUUGCGACGAUUACCAGGCUCGCCACGAUGAAGAGACUUUGCAAUCAGAGGCUGCCGUCUUUGCAAUGUCCAGAGCUUGCCCUGGAGGAUGUGGCGCCAGAAUUGAGAGAGACGGAGGUUGCCCCCACAUGCUAUGCACCAAGUGCGGUCACGAGUUUUGUUUCCUUUGCCUCGGCGACUACAACCAUGCCGCCACUGAGGGCAUGUGUCCCUCGCAGACAAUGGCUCAACCCGAACCGUACAACCCCUCAGCUGCCGCCAUCAAAGCUCGUCGGGCAGAGCGUCAAGCUCGCAAGCACGCUCACAGCGAAGAGGACGAGUCGUCAGUGGUCUUGCUUGGCACAAUCACAAAGCCCUGCCCUAAAUGCAAGGUGCCUAUCGAGAAGAAUGGCGGCUGCGACCACAUGACCUGCGCCAGCUGCCACUACCAGUUCUGCUGGUUGUGCUCUACCGACUACGCCCUCAUUCUGAGGUCCGACAACCGCGCCCACGCAGUCGAUUGCGUCUACCAUCCUGCUCAUUCCAGAAGUCGCGUUGAACCCUCCAAGUCUGGUCCCGAAGGAAACAAGGAGAGUGUCGAAAGGUCCAGAGAGUCCAACGCCUUUCCCAGAACUGUCAACAAAGACACCGACGAAGAUGAAGUGACUCUCGAGAAGCGCAACGCUGCACAGGCCGAGCUCUCAGACGAUGAGCACGAAGAAGGAGGCAGCAAAAAGAAGCAGAAGGUUAAGCUCACUGGUACCAAGAAAAAGGCACACAACGCAAAGAAGGCUGCUGUGCUGAGAAGCGUCCCCAAGGCGAGAGGCAGCGCUACCAAGAUGGCAGCUGGCACAGCUGCCCGUCGCGGCACCAGGACUGGUCUUCGAAGCUCGACCGCCACCGCAUCGAGCAGACCUGUCACUCGCGCUCAGAGCCGCGCUCUGGAAGCUCAGCAGGCCGGUGGCGCUCGUUGA